UUGUAAUCCGUCAUAAAACCAAGAAGAAGAAGAAGAAGAAGAAGAAGAAGAAGAACAGAGAUCACAAACCGAAAGUGAUUUAAAGACUUCUGGAUUCUGUUCCUACACAAGAUCGUCUGAACUACUGCAAACAGAGACACAUUGUCAUGUCCAGGUCCUGAUGAGCAUCUGAUGGUCUUCAGAGACACAAAGAUCUCAGUGUUGAGCUGUUCAUCUGCAGUAUGUCAGAGAAGAGAGGAAAGAUGAGUCUCUCACAGAAACAGAGUGUGAGAUCAGGCUCACAUGUGUCCAGCUCUGUGUCUGUGAAGAGUGACCGGUCAAAAGAUCAUCCACUGAACUUCAGUGAAGAAACACCAUCAGCUGCUGAACGGCUGCAAUAUGAGACGUUAGACUCAGACUUCCAGAUUAACAGCAACCACAAGAACUUCACAGACAAACUCCUAGGAAUCUUCCAGGAUCUUGAAAAUAAAAUAAUCAAAUUCAUAAAAAAUGAGCUGGAAAUGUUUAAAAAAAUAUUACAAAAAGAGAACACACAAAACUUUGUGAAGGACUUUAAUGAGAAUAGAUGCAGUAACAAAGAAGCAGCUCUUGAUCUCACGCUCUGCUUCCUGAGAGAGAUGAAGCAAGAUGAAGCUGCUGAUACUCUAGAAGAUGAGCUGAUCUUCAUUCAUCAGCUAAAAUGUAGCCUAAAGAAGAAGUAUCAAUGUGUGUUUGAAGGAAUUGCAAAGCAAGGUGACUCCACACUUCUGAAUAACAUCUACACAGAUCUCUAUAUCACUCAGGGUUGUAGUGAACAGGUCAAUACUGAACAUGAGGUAAGACAGAUUGAAGUUGCUUCCAGACGUCAUGAAUCGCAGGAGAGGCAGGUUGAAUGCAAAAAUUUGUUUGAAGCACCUGAUCAAGACAAGCAGAUCAGAACUGUACUGACAAAAGGAGUUGCUGGCAUCGGAAAAUCAGUCUCUGUGCAGAAGUUUGUUCUGGAUUGGGCCGAAGGAAAAGAAAAUCAAGAUAUCAGCUUCAUAUUUCCUCUUCCAUUCAGAGAGAUGAACUUAAAGGAGAAAGAAAAACUAAGUUUGAUGGACCUUAUAACUCAGUUUUUCCCAGAGACAAAAGGACUGAAGUUUACAAGAAGAAAUCAUUUCAAAGUCCUGUUUAUUCUCGAUGGAUUGGAUGAAUGUCGACUUCCUGUAAACUUUAAGGAUAAUGAGACGUGGUUUGAUGUAUCAUCACCAGCCUCUCUGGAUGUUCUCCUAACGAACCUCAUCAAGGGAAAUCUGCUUCGUUCUGCUCUCAUCUGGAUCACCACCAGACCAGCAGCUGCCAGUAAGAUUCCUCCUGACUGUAUCGACCGGCUGACAGAGAUACGAGGAUUCAAUGAUGCACAAAAGGAGGAGUACUUCAGAAAAAGAAUCACGGAUGAGAAUCAGGCCAAAGAAAUCAUUGAUCAUGUUAAACAAUCAAAGAGUCUCUUUAUCAUGUGCCACAUCCCAGUCUUCUGCUGGAUUUCAGCCACUGUUCUCCAGAACAUUUUAGAGGAGAAAAUAAAUAAUGUUGUGAAAAAUAAUCAGGCUGAUGAUGCCUCCAAAACACUGCAGGAGUCAAAUACUGAAGACACUCCUAAGACUCUGACACAAAUGUACACACACUUUCUCAGAUUUCAGAUCCAGCAGAGCAGACGAAAGUAUGAUGGAGAAUACACACCAGAUGUUUCCUGGGAUAAAGAUGCCAUCUAUUCACUGGGGAAACUGGCAUUUGAUCAGCUGGAAAGAAACAAUGUGAUCUUCUAUGACACAGAUCUGAAAGCCUGUGGUAUUGACGUCUAUAAGGCAUCAGUGUACUCAGGCAUGUGUACCCAGAUCUUUAAGGAGGAAACAGGGAUUGUUCUUGGUACCAUGUACUGCUUCGUUCACUUGAGCAUUCAAGAGUUUAUUGCAGCUCUUUAUGCACAUCUGUUUCUAGUCAUAAAGCAGAGAAGUAUAUUUGUUCAUGAGUCUACAGAACAUGAAAACAAAAGUGAAACCAUGAUUGAUUUGCUCAAGACUGCAGUGGACAAGGCACUAGAGAGUGAUAAUGGACACCUGGAUCUUUUUCUUCGAUUCCUCCUUGGUUUGUCACUCCAGUCCAAUCAGAGACUCUUACAGGGUCUGUUCACAGAGCGAAAUGGAAAUGACCAGAGCAAAAAAGAAAUAGUCCAGUACAUCAAGCAGAAAUGUGAAGCUGAUCUGUCUACAGAGAGAUCCAUCAAUCUGUUCUACUGUCUGAAUGAACUGAACGACCAAACUCUGGUGAAAGAGAUUCAGACCCACCUUAGCAAAGGAAGUCUCUCAUCUGCUGAUCUUUCACCUGCCCAGUGGUCUGCUUUGGCCUUUGUGUUGUUAACAUCAGAGGAGGAGCUGGAGGAGUUUGAGCUUCAGAAAUUCAAGAAAUCAGACGAGUGUCUCAUUAGAUUAUCAGCAGUCAUCAAAACCUCCAAAAGAGCUCUGUAA